UGUUAUCUGGUUGUACCCUUUUGUUUUGUUCAAGUGAGACCCAUGAAGAAGACAGCUUCUCCUCUUGUUCUCUUCACCAUUGUCUUCAUCACUGUCUUGUUUCUUUAUGCAGCUUCAUGGAUUCCUGUGAACAAGCCAGGCUUCUUUAAUUGCUCAUGGUGCAUUUCCAAGAAUCGGAUCUAUGCCAAGCAAGCUUCUGUCUCUGGCCAACGGAAGGCUCACUUGACCCUCACCCCUAAACAUCCACUAGACCCACUUACCAUAAAAGAAAUCAACAGGGUCCGAACCAUCCUCUCAACCUACCCACCUUUCUUCUCUUCUUCUCCACCAAUUCACUCCUUAGCUCUUGACGAACCCGACAAGUCUCAGGUGCUCACAUGGAAAAAAGGCCAUCCUCUUCCACCCAGAAAAGCUGCUGUUAUUGCCCUCAUGGGCUCCAAGUCUUAUAUCCUCACAGUGGACUUGGAUCUCGGCCGAGUUACAAACCACACAAUCAAUCCCACUUCGGGUUACCCACUCGUCACUAUGGAUGAAGUUUUGGCAGCAGCGCAAGUGCCGCUCUCUUAUGCAGAGUUCAACAAGUCCAUUAUCGCACGGGGCGUCUCCUUCUCUGACUUGAGGUGCAUCACCCCGUCGCCUGGCUGGUUUGGGCCCGCCGAGGAAGGAAGACGAGUCAUCAAAGUCCAGUGCUUCUCUACCAAAGGCUCCCCCAACUUCUAUAUGAGCCCCAUCGAAGGACUCGUCGUCACUGUUGACCUUGACAAGAAAAAAGUUGUGAAGUUUUCCGAUACAGGGCGAAGAAUCCCAAUUCCGAGGAGCACCCAUACCGACUACCGAUACAAGGGCCAAACAUACCCGCCAGAAAUGAACCCGCUGAACCCAAUAUCAAUUGAGGAGCCGAAUGGUCCGAGCUUCAAAGUGGAAGAUGGGCACAUGGUGACAUGGGCCAACUGGGUUUUCCACCUAAAGGCCGACCAGCGAGCGGGGUUGGUUAUAUCACGGGCUAUGGUUCGAGACUCGGAGAGCGGUGAGCUUCGGAGUGUGAUGUACAAAGGGUUCGCUUCGGAAUUAUAUGUUCCUUACAUGGACCCAGAUGAGGCAUGGUAUUUCAAAACGUACAUGGAUGCUGGCGAGUUUGGGUUAGGUUCAUGCGCCAUGGAAUUGGUACCCCUCAAUGACUGUCCUAAAUAUUCUUAUUAUAUGGACGGCGUUUUCUCCACACCAGAUGGCGAGCCAUUUGUUCAGCCUAACGUUAUUUGUCUGUUCGAGAGGUACGCCGGCGACGUUAGCUGGCGACAUUCCGAGAGUCCCAUUGGCCAAUUACAGAUUAGGGAAUCAAGAGCAAAGGUGACAUUGGUGGCUCGAAUGGUUGCAUCGGUAGGAAACUACGAUUACAUUUUCGACUGGGAAUUUCAAACAGAUGGGUUGAUUCGUGUUAAGGUAGGACUAUCGGGAAUGCUAAUGGUGAAAGGGAGUCCUCAUGAAAAAACUACAGAAGAAAUAGAGAAGGCGACAGGGCAAUUGGUGUCUGAAAACGUGAUCGGUGUGGUUCACGAUCAUUUCAUCACUUAUCACUUGGACAUGGAUAUCGAUGGGGUUAAUAACUCAUUUGUGAAAGUUAAUUUGGUGAAGGAGGAGACUUUGCCCGGCCAAUCUCCCAGAAAGAGCUUCUUGAAAGUUGAGCGUCAUGUUGCUAAAACAGAAAAGGAAGCACAAGUGAAGCUCAGCCUCUAUAAACCCCAAGAAUUUCAUCUCGUAAAUCCUUCAAAACAAUCUAGAUUAGGAAACCCAACUGGCUACAAAAUCGUCCCUGCUGCCACUGCCGCUAGCUUGCUUGAUCACGAUGAUCCCCCACAACUCAGAAGUGCUUUCACUAAUAAUCAGAUAUGGGUGACAAUAUACAACCGAAGUGAACAAUGGGCGGGAGGGCUUAUGGCAUACCAGAGCCAAGGGGAUGAUACACUUGAAGUUUGGUCUGAAAGGAACCGGGCAAUAGAGAACAAGGAUAUUGUCUUGUGGUAUACGUUGGGAUUUCAUCACAUACCAUGCCAAGAGGAUUUUCCAGUCAUGCCAACUGUGACAUCAAGCUUUGAUCUAAAGCCAGUCAAUUUCUUCGAAAGAAAUCCAAUACUCCAUACUGCCCCAUUUUUUGAACACGAUGUAUCUAUCUGCAGCUCGUCUGCCUCUGCGAACUAAACAUGACCAAGUAUUAACCACUACUUAAC